AUGAUGAAGCUUGCUGACCUCGUCGACGCCAACCUGCAGACGCUGGCCACUAUCGAGACGCUCGACAACGGAAAGCCGUAUUCUGUUUGUCGCGAUGUCGACGUUCCUCAUUUCUCCGAGGUGAUACGCUACUACGCCGGCUGGGCUGACAAGUUGCAUGGCCAGACGAUGGAUGUGGGGUCUGGAAAGCUGGCCUACACCAUCAAAGAACCGCUCGGCGUCUGCGGUCAAAUUAUCCCGUGGAAUUACCCGCUUGACAUGGCGGCUUGGAAGCUGGGCCCCGCUCUUGCUUGUGGAAACACGAUCGUGCUUAAGCUGGCCGAGCAGACUCCACUAUCCAUGUUGUACGUUGCGAAGCUCGUCAAGGAAGCCGGCUUCCCGCCCGGUGUGAUCAACGUCAUAAACGGGUAUGGCCGAGAUGCGGGAGUCGCUCUCGCGAGCCACCCGGAUGUCGACAAGGUCGCCUUUACCGGAAGUACCGCCACGGGAAGGGAGAUUAUGAAGCUGGCCGCGAGAAGCUUGAAGAACAUUACCCUCGAGACCGGUGGGAAAUCGCCCCUGAUCGUCUUUGAAGACGCCGACCUGGACCAGGCCGCCAGGUGGUCUCACGAGGGCAUCAUGAGCAACCAGGGUCAGAUCUGCACCGCUACCUCGCGUAUUCUGGUCCACGAGGACGUGUACGAUUCUUUUAUUGAAAAAUUCGUCUCUACGGUUCGCAAUAUCUCCGUUGUCGGCGACCCAUUUGACAAGAUCACCUACCAAGGACCGCAAAUCACAAAAGCGCAGUACGACCGCGUGUUGGCAUACAUCCAGACCGCCAAGGACGAAGGCGCCACCAUCGCCACGGGCGGGGAACCUGCACCGCAGGCGACAGGUAAAGGGUUCUUUGUCCAGCCGACCGUGUUCACGAACGUGGCGACCUCAAUGACGGUCUACCGCGAGGAGAUCUUUGGGCCCUGCGCGGCUAUCGUCAAGUUCAAGACGGAGGAGGAGGCGCUACAGAUGGCGAACGACACCACGUACGGUCUCGGCGCCGCGCUAUUCACCAAGGACCUGGCGAGGGCACACCGAGUUGCGCGUGAUAUUGAGGCAGGAAUGGUGUGGGUGAACAGCAGCAACGACUCGGACUUUCGUGUGCCGUUUGGGGGUGUGAAGCAGAGCGGGAUCGGGAGAGAGCUAGGGGAGGCUGGGUUGGCGGGCUACUGUAACAUCAAGGCUGUGCAUGUCAAUCUGACGGGCAAGUGA